AUUGCUUGCGAGGAAAUGGAGAACACAACCAUGUACUUGGUGAUGGCUGUCUUUAUCUUUGGAUAUACUGUUGCUGGUUCAGCAAUGCAUGACCAUGGUCAUGCAGCUGGUGACAAAUUUCUGAAGAAUGAAAGUGAUUCUUUUGUGGGAUCAUUGCGAGCGAGAAAUGGUCCAAUGCCUUGGGUAGGAACUACAGGGCGACUGUGCAAAAGAUCUGACGGUACCAAAUGCCAGUUCUCCAGCUGCGGGUUAGGGCGUCUUCUUCCAAAAUGUGCCAUUGGAUUCGCAAGGGGUGUCAAAGGCGGGCGAAAAGGACUGUCUUAUACAGUCACCAGAUCUGAUGAUAACCCCACAAAUCCUGCUCUUGGUACAUUGCGUUAUGCUGUGAGCCUCUACUCUGCCAGCCCUAGAGGAGUGUGGAUCACCUUCUCCCAUGACAUGAAAAUUCAGCUAAAACAAAUGCUGCAUGUCUAUAAUCGAACAACCAUAGAUGGCAGGGGAGUGAGGGUAACCAUCACUGGAUAUUCAAUUGAGCUGAACAAAGUCCAAGAUGUUAUUCUUCAUAACCUUCAAGUCAGUGACAUCAACUCUGAUACAGUUCACAUAUUUGAAUCCAAAAGGGUCUGGGUUGAUCAUUUAACUUCCUUUAAUGGCCAAAGAGGUUUGGUAUCUGCUGUUCAGGGUUCUACUGAUAUUACUAUUUCAAAUUGUCGUCUGUCAAAUAAUCACUACAAUAUGUUAUUGGGUAAAGAUGAUUCAGACACAAUUGACAAACAAAUGCGAGUCACUGUGUAUAGAAACUGGUUCAAAGAUACAGACCAACGCAAUCCUCACUGCAGGUGGGGAUACUGUCAUGUUGUGAACAAUCUAUAUGAAAACUGGGGAUCAUAUGCAAUUGGGGCAAGAGUUCAUGCACAGAUAUACUCAGAGAAGAAUGUAUUUGUACCUGGAAAAGACUCUGAAGUAACUGAAUGGUACCCGGGGUAUGAACUUAAGUGGGACACCACUCCUAAGAUCCAGUCCAAUGGUGACCUACUUCUAUAUGGGGCUACAUUUCAUCAAUUCCUCUACAAUGGGCCUGUGGUUGCUCCUCCUUACAAAAACCACAGGCAGUAUCCUCCUGUCAUUAGCACAGGAAAACUACCACGUCUUCUUGGUUACUGCUCUGGUGUUCUUCUCAAAGAAAGUGUCCGUUCUUGCCUUCUGCGUGGAUAAACGACAGUAAUUGUUUAAUGGGUUUGAAGUGAAAAAAGUUGAUUGUGCAAUUAUUUGUAUGAUGUUUAAACGUUGUUUCAUGUCACUCUAAGGAUCGAAGAUUUUGUUGUUUCCAGAACAGUACUAUGGGUAGCUCUCCUUACUAUGCAUAGCUCUCUUUAUUAUGCAUUUCUUAUUGUGACAUGAAAAUAUUGUACGCCUUACUAUGCAUAGUUGCGGAUUGUUUGGUCAAGAGGAUUUUCAAUCAAAUGAAGGAUUGAAAUUUUGUAAA